CCCAACACACCAAGUAAAUAAACUGUCCAGUCAACUCAACAGCUAAACUAAAGGACUAAUAUUCGAUGAAUUAAUUUUUUGAGAAAUCGAAGGAUUCAAGAUGACGAAUUUGACGCAGGUGGAGCUUACCGAGAAGGAAAAGUUGGACGAGAAACAAGGCGGUGUUUUCGUGAGUUUCUCGGCCGUGAUAUUCACUGGUUUGACGGUAGUGAUUGUCAUUGUAGCGACAGGGCUUCUCGUUGGAUUUUUACCGGAAAAACAUUGUGACGAGAUAAGCUCAACAGUCUUCCCAACGGAACCAACCACCACCAAAGAUCCAAACACCAUUUGGGACUCCCCAAGACUUCCUGAGACACUUCGACCUCUCCACUAUAACUUAAAGAUGACACCCGACCUGGAAAACUUCACAUUCGACGGUCAGAUAUCUGUGACAUUCCUCUGCGAAAAAGCAACUGAUUUACUUGUCCUUAACAGCAACAACUUAGAGAUUCAGAAAGAGACUGCGAGUAUUAAUGGAUUUGUUGGUGGCCGAAGUGGGAUAGCAAACAUCCUACGUCUUACCGUGGACCCAACGAACCAAUACCUGAACGUCCUGUUUGAUGAGAACCUUGUGGAGAACACACAGUAUGAAUUCUCCAUCGGUUUUCGAGGGGUUUUAAAUGACAACAUCAAGGGAUUUUAUAGAAGUUCCUACAAACAUCCUGAUGGUGGCACAAGGUGGUUGGCUGUGACGUUUUUCUCUCCUACUAAUGCACGAAUGGCAUUCCCGUGUUUUGAUGAUCCUGGCCUUAAAGCAAACUUUACACUGACCAUCGUUCACGCCGAAGAAUACACGGCCCUGGGAAAUAUGCCGGCAGAGAGCGCCAUCAACGGCCCAUAUGGACUAGUUACUACUCACUUCGCUACAUCACCAAAGAUCUCCACAUACUUAGUAUGUUUUGCUGUGUUGGAUUUCCCUUUCAUAGAGAUGACGUCAAAAAAUAACAUUACACUCCGAGGUUGGGCAAGGCCAGAUGCGAUGGAUGCCCUAGAGUUUGGAUUAAACAUGACAGCAGAGACUUUAGAUUUCUACAUUCAGCACAUUGGAGUUGGGUUUCCACUGCCGAAGAUAGAUGUUGUAGCGGUUCCAAACUUUGAGGCAAAUGCAAUGGAGAACUGGGGUUUAAUCACGUACAGAGAAACCGCUUUACUUAAUAAGGAAGACACUACAUCAGAAAGUAGACGCGAGGGUCAAGGCUUCACAAUUGCGCAUGAGAUGGGACACCAGUAUUUUGGUAACUUGGUCACUCAGGAAUGGUGGGAGUAUAUGAUCUUAAAGGAAGGAGGAGCAUCUUAUCUUGGGCUGACGAGUCUUCAAGUUGUUCAACCUACUUGGGAAUACGACGAUUUAUUUGUGAUAAAUGAAGUGACUCCGGCUAUGGCAAGUGAUGCACAAAUUAAUGCUAGACCAAUACAGAAAGAAGUCUCGACUCCGGCUGAGAUAGCCGGUGGGUUUGGAUCCAGCUCUUACGAUAAGUCACCAGCAGUACUGCGCAUGUGUGAACACGUCAUAGGAAAGCCGACAUUCAAAAAAGGACUCACGAAAUACAUGACAAGAUACGCCUUUGGAACUGCAACAAACGAUGAUUUCUGGGAGUGCCUGCAAGAGGCAGUUAACGAAGAUGGGUUGUUAGAUAUCAAUGUUAAUAACCUUAUGCAUUCAUGGGUACUUCAAUCAGGAUUCCCAGUUGUAAAUCUAACGAGAAACUACGAGACUACAGAUGAGAUCUCAUUCACUGCCGAACAAAGCCGAUUUUUACUGAACCAGGAUGAGACAGACGAUGCAAAUUCUCUUUGGAUGAUUCCAUUAACAUUUCGGACAAAUCUUUCACCGACAAACAGUGAACCUGUUUGGCUGAAUGGUCAUUCUGUUGUGAGUCCUCACGUGAUUACUGGGUCGAAUGCUGAUUGGCUGUUGAUGAAUCCAGACCGUUUUGGUUUCUAUCGAGUGAACUAUGACGUCACCAACUGGGAGAUUCUGAGUGGUCAGCUCAUAGCCAAUCAUUCUGUGUUUUCAGUAAGCAGUCGAGCCUCCCUAAUCGACGACUCUUUCUCGUUGGCCAGAGCCGGUAAUAUCGGUUAUUCGAUACCAUUGGGAAUCACACGAUACUUAGCCAAAGAGAUGGACUAUGUCCCAUGGUCAGCAACGAGUAACGUCAUGGAGUAUCUUGAUAAAUUGAUGAUUACUUCGGGAGCUUAUGGUUCAUUUGUGAAGUACAUGAGGAAUCAGAUUACACCUUUGUACAACUCACUCGGUUGGGAGGAUACCGGAUUGCAUCUACGCAUAAUGACACGUGGUAUUGCCAUUAGCAACGCCUGCAAGUACAAUCUAGUAGAUUGCCAGGAGAAAGCCUUGGCCCUCUAUCGGACAUGGAUGGCCAAUGAAUCAGUCAAUGCAAUUCCUGUGAACCAUAAGAAGACGGUAUACUGUACUGCCAUAUCAAUGGGACGUGGUGAAGAGUUUAGCUUCGCUCUGCAACAUUAUCUAAAGACACCAGACCCAAAUGAGCGAUCAAUUCUUCUGGAUUCUAUGCCAUGUACUCGACAGACUUGGGCGCUUAGCAGUUUAUUGUCUUAUACAUUGGAUGCUGACGUGAUUAAAGCUCAAGAUGUUCCUCUCAUCCUUGGUGACGUCGCUCAUAAUCCCAUCGGUACUUUACUUGCUUGGGACUUCUUCAGAGCAAAUUAUGACAUCUUCCGAGAAAAAUUCGGGGGGAGCUUGUUUCAAUUUUCAAAAAUUAUAAAAGCUGUGACGAAACCUCUUCAUUCUGAAUUUCAUCUCCGACAGUUGGAGAAGUUUAUGUCUGAACAUCCCGAUCAGGGAACCGGAGCCUCGGCAUUCAAACAAUCAGUGGAGGAAAUAAAAACCAACAUACGCUGGAUGAAAUCGUACUAUGAGGGAGUGCGAGAGUGGUUGGAGGAUGAGGUAGCUUGAGAUGGUCCAAUAUAGUCUUGAUUUGAGACGUUCACUUUGUUAUCUUACUACCAAUGGGGGACAAUUGGGACGCUGGGUGGCAGCAGACAUAAUGGAAUCCUGUCAUGUCCCCAUCCCUCUUAUGGUAAUGUUUGGACCCCCUUCGGACCCGUGUAAGGGAUUCCAGCCCACUUCCGGGCAGAGCCCCUGCCUGCCAGGUCCCCCUUUCAGGGCCACUCUUCUA